AUGAACAAUUCUAUCGAUUUCGUUUUCCACAUCAAAUCUAAUGGAUUGAAAAUUGAUUUCAAAUCGACCUUCUUGAAAAGAAGUUUUGCUUUAAACAACAAUUCGCAAAGUAUUUGGAAAACAUUGGCAUUGAAAAACAAAAGUGUUGAACAUUAUUCGGCUGAUUCAUUAGAACCUUCUCUAGAAUGUUCAUUGAAAGAAAUUAUCUAUCCAACAAAAGCUUUUAAUUUCCUGAAUAAUAAUACAAAAUUAGUAUUCAAGGGUUAA